UGACGUAAAUGAGGCGAGGCGGGCUUCCCAUUUCGAUACGGGAUGGGAAGGGAAAGGGGGCGGAGCUCGGCUCGACUCACUCCGUCCAAUCAGAGAGACCGUGGCUUGCAUUAGCGGCGCGAGCCGAGCUCGAGAGCGGGCCAGAAGCGUCACCCUGGUUACAGAGGAGCUGCCUUUCUACCGGCUCUCUGUAGGCGCUGGGACGCGGACUAACACUCACUAAAAUAAAUGACAAAUAAAUACAAUAAAGACAUAAAGUAGCAUGGCGGAGAGUUUCUGAGCAGCAGGAAGAUUAACAUUUAUCCGUGGAAUGAGUGACACAUGCGCGUGCUUGGGCUGUAAGGAAGGAGGAGGACUGCAUUAUUAUUAUUAUUACUAUUAUUAUCGUUAUUAGUGCGGGACGGCGUGAGAGUGAGCCGAGGUCUUCUUGCUUGCACGCAGUAAUCGGUAUGGUGAUCAUGCGAGAGGCGAGCGCAGGAGGGCCGGCCGCCGUAUCUGCCCAGGGUCGACCCCUGCAGGUGGGCUUCUACGAGAUCAUCCGCACGCUGGGGAAGGGCAACUUCGCUGUGGUCAAACUGGCCAGGCACAAAGUGACCAAAACCCAGGUCGCCAUUAAAAUAAUCGACAAGACCCGUCUGAACUCGUCCAAUCUGGAGAAGAUCUACAGGGAGGUGCAGAUCAUGAAGCUGCUCAAUCACCCGCACAUCAUCAAGCUUUACCAGGUCAUGGAGACUAAAGACAUGCUGUACAUUGUAACGGAGUACGCGAAGAACGGCGAGAUGUUCGACUACCUGACCUCGAACGGACGCAUGAGCGAAGCCGAGGCGCGCAAGAAGUUCUGGCAGAUCCUCACAGCCGUGGACUACUGCCACCGCCACCACAUCGUCCACCGAGACCUCAAGACCGAGAACCUGCUGCUGGACAUGAACAUGAACAUCAAACUGGCAGACUUCGGGUUCGGAAACUUCUACAACGCCGGAGAGCCCCUGUCCACGUGGUGCGGCAGCCCGCCGUACGCCGCGCCCGAGGUCUUCGAGGGAAAAGAGUACGAAGGACCACAGCUGGACAUUUGGAGUCUGGGCGUGGUGCUGUACGUGUUGGUGUGCGGCUCGCUGCCGUUUGACGGAGAAAGUCUGCCGGCGCUGAGGCAGAGGGUGACGGAAGGACGCUUCAGAAUACCCUUCUUCAUGUCAGAAGACUGCGAGAACCUGAUCCGGAAGAUGCUGGUGGUAGAUCCGGCCAAGCGGAUCAGCAUCUCUCAGAUCAAGCAGCACCGCUGGAUGUUAUCCGACCCCAGCGCCCCCCACCAGACCCUCUCGCACUCCCUCACCGACUACAACUCCAACCUGGGGGACUACAGCGAGCCCGUCCUGAGCAUCAUGCACACGCUGGGCAUCGACCGCCAGAGGACCGUGGAGUCGCUCCAGAGCAGCAGCUACAAUCACUUCUCAGCCAUCUACUACCUGCUGCUGGAGCGGGUUAAAGAGCACCGGAGCCAGCAGCUGACCCGGCAAUGCAGCGGCACUUGGACCCCGAGGAGCAGGAGCACGUCUGACUCCUCGUCCAGCCCAGAGGUGAUGGUGGAGUCGUCCGACAGCUUCCGCUCGGCCCGGCCUGUCGCCACGACGAUGAACACGGCGCUGCACUCACAGAUGGAGUGGGACCAGGGAGGUCUGUUUCAGCGGGUGGUGUGUCCGGUGGAGGCGAGUCUCAACGGUCUGCUCUGGAAUCGCUCCAUCUCUCCUAACAGUCUCCUGGAGACCACCAUCAACGAAGAAGUGCGUCCCGGAGACCUGGAAGAGGAGGACGGAGCGCCUCAAGCCCCUCCCACGCUCCUCGCAAACACCGCCUCGCGUAGACACACCCUCGCCGAAGUCUCCGCCCGCUUCCAUCUCUGCAGCCCUCCCUGUAUCGUGAUCAGUCCGUCAGACGGCGCUUCGUCGGACAGCUGUCUGAAGUCGUCUUCGAAUCCGACUCCGCCCCUUUCCGCCGCCGCAGUAGGAGAUCUCUCAGCGCUUCUGGCGUCCGGGUUCGGAACCGGGACCUCGGGGCCCGUCGGAGCUCCUCUGGCUCUGUCCUCCAACCGAAUCCUGCAGAACCAGGGCAGUCUCCACGCAGCCAGCUUCCAGGAGGGACGCCGAGCCUCCGAUACCUCCCUCACACAAGGACUGAAAGCCUUCCGUCAGCAGCUGAGGAAGAACUCUCGUACCAAAGGCCUCCUGGGCCUGAAUAAGAUCAAGGGCCUGGCGAGACAGGUGUGCCCUCCAACCUCGUGCUCCAGGGGCAGCAGGGGGUCACUAGGGCCCACCUUGUGCCCCCCGUCAGGCCUGCAGGGCGCCGGAGGACCUCGAGAGAGACGCAGCAUGCUGGAGGAGGUGCUGCAUCAGCAGAGGAUGCUGCAAAUCCAGCACCAGCCCCAGCAGCAGAGUGCGCUCUUCCUCACGCAGUCCCACCAGCUGCCCUCCUCCUCCUCGUCCUCCUCCUCGUCCUCCUCUUCUUCGUCUUCCCCUUCCUCUUCACCUCCAUGCAACAGCCUGUUUGCUCCUGCUACUUUAUUCUCCAACCCUCCAGCCCAGACCGCCACCCAGCUGAUUCCCGCAUGCCAUCGGAGCGCCGUUCCUCUUCAGCACGGCAGUCUGUGGCAGCAGAACGUAGACUCCUCUUCCUCAUCUUCCUCGUACUCGUCCCUCUCUCCGGUGGCGUCCGCGGCUCAUCUGCUGGAAGCCCGGCUGCACAUCAGCCAGCAGCCUCACCUCCAUGCACAUCCUCAUUCGCAGCUCCAGCUCCAGAGCUACACCCAGGGACAGCUCUCGCUCUUACCCCAGCAGGUGAGCUGGAGCCUGGGAGGCAGCGGCCACAGCGCAGGCCCCGACACCCCCGAGCUCCAGGAGCAGCAGCUCAGCAACUGUGUGAUGGUCAAAUAAGGACCGAUCCGGAGUGAAGUAGAACUGACUCGCAGGAUGAGAACGCUUCAUGUCUGAAGUAUGUGUGUGUGUGUGUGUGUGUGUGUGUGUGUGUGUGAGCAUGAAUUCAAAAGAAGACAAAGAAGCAAUAACCAAACUCUGUACAGACGUCACGCUCCUCGCCCUCUCACUCCUGUCUCCCGUCCUGAGAAAGCAAUAAAAGAUGGGGGCUGACGUGAAGCGGAAAACACACACACACACACACACACACACACGGAGAGACAGAGAACAGACGUCUGUUUUUUUUUUUUUUAAAUAAUCACGUCAGACCUGUAGAUUUCUUCAUUUACUCUUACAAAAUAACGUAUGAAAUAUCGGACGGUCUUCCUUCUUUCUGACACGUAUGGAUUUGAACCGUUAUUAUUUUCUGCUUUGUUUGCUGGAACUUCUUUCACGUCGCUGUAGAAGACCAAAGUUUCAUUUAGCCUUUUUUUUUUUUUCUCUCAAAGAAACAAAAAACGCAGUAUCUACGGUUUGUAAUUUAGCAAACUGCGACGCGCAAAAGACGGCCGAACGAGAGCCGCUUCGCGGGCGGAGCCGAGGGCCGUUCAUGGUACUUUAUUAUUUUUAAGAGAAAAAAAAUAAUAAUAAAUAAGAGAUAGGCACGAGAAACUAGACGCCGUCAUCUUGAUGCAUCUUGAUUUUGAUCACAGAUUUAAUCAUUUUUAUUUCUCGAAUACAUCGACGCCUCACUUAUAAUCAGUACAACUUAUUAUUAUUAUUAUUAUUAUUAUUAUUUAGUAUUAUAUUUGGUACUGUGGAUUCACUUUUUUUAAAAACAUUUAAAAACGACCAGAAACCCAGAACUGCGAGUUGAUCUCAUUAUUUCGAGCGAUUAUCUUGCCUCUGUGACUUAUUAAUAAUAAACACCCCCAAACCUCUCCAUAAGAGUAGUUUAUUAUAGUUGUAAUAAUGAGAUAGUAACGCAUUAUUUCAAGAUAUGAAGUCAAAACGAUGAGGGUUUGGAGUGGAGGUCAUUUGGAGUUAAGUAAAAAAAACUAUGAGAGAAUAACUCGGAAUAAUGAGUUAAGUGGAAAUAUUCAGUCCCUGCAGGAUUUCACGUGUGUUGCGGCCAUAAAAACGCUCGAUUUUGCUGCGGGUUUUCUUCUGGAAUUUUGCGAUUCGACUUGCGGAGGUUCUCGUGCUUUUUUUAAAUUUUUUUUUUAUGUUCACGGCAAACUACUCGGAUCGGCGAAAUCGCAAUCGCAUGAAAUUGUCUUUCGCAGUGAUGUUUGUUGGUAAACGAGGCUCUUCUUAGCUGUAACUCAUCAACCCGAACGCACGUUGUGACGACGUCACGUGACGCGUCUCGGCCCGGAUCCACAGAAAUGUAGAAAAAUGGCACGCUCCUCUAAAUGCGGCGUGGUUUUAGCGUUGAUUUUGCGUUCAUUUCUGCGAUCGUGAAAUCCCAGAGGGACUGAUGACUUUACACACACACACACACACACACACACACACAUACAAAC